AUCCAGAGACAGAGAUUCGAGUCGAUGUCGCGUUUCGAAUAUUUUCGUCGUUCUUUUUGGAAAAUGCAGGAAAUGAGCCCUGCGGGGAUCAUAAAUUUAUUAUGGUUAUGUUGUGUUCAUAAGCACAUGCCAUGAGAGUUAACGAUUCUGGUGCAAUGAAAACUUUAGUUUAUUGCCUUCAUGCAAUCUACAAAGACUCAACGUUUGCCAUUGGCAUCUCCUUUAAAGUCGUCUGUCUGUAAAACAUCAACUAGUGGAUCUCUACGCAACAUCAGCCCCCUUAAACGUGCAACAAAAAAGAAGCCAGGCACAACAGGGACUAGUCAAUCAGAUACUAGAUUAACUUCAUCAUUAAGAAAGCUAUCACUAACUCCAAAUCCUCAACCACCUUCCCGGUCUAAAAGCAUAUCUCCUAGGAAAGCAAAAUUAAGUCAUGUUCGAGGAUUGAGUUCUUCUGCAGUCCACUCAGUUGAGGACAUUGUGAGUCUUAUUAAAGGGGAUAAAUGUAAAAACAUCAUUGUCAUGGCUGGUGCAGGGAUAAGUACUCCUAGUGGUAUACCUGAUUUUAGAACACCAGGAACUGGACUUUAUGACAACUUACAGCAAUACAAAAUCCCAGAGCCAGCAGCCAUUUUUGAUCUAGACUACUUUUGGUAUGACCCAAGGCCAUUCUUCUGCCUGGCUCAGAGUCUUUAUCCUGGAAAUUACCAGCCAAACUAUGUUCACCAUUUUGUAAAGUUACUCUAUGACAAGGGAUUGCUGUUGAGAAUGUACACACAGAAUAUUGAUGGCUUGGAAAGAUUGGCUGAAGUACCAGCAGCAAAACUUGUGGAAGCGCAUGGAACAUUCUCAACUGCAUCAUGUAUAAGAUGUCACAAAAGCUAUGAUGGAGAACAAAUAAAGAAAACAAUCAUGGAUGGUGACAUUCCUAAAUGCUCCAGUCCAAGAUGUUCAGGUGUGGUUAAGCCAGAUAUUGUGUUUUUUGGUGAAAACUUGCCCAAAAGGUUUUACUCCUAUAUUGUGGAUUUUCCAAAAUGUGAUCUUCUAGUAAUCAUGGGCACUUCAUUAGAGGUGGAGCCAUUUGCAGGCAUUGCGAGUUCUGUGGACCGUUCCACUCCUCGCCUUUUGGUGAACAGGGAGAUCGUGGGACCGUUUUCUCGGCGUUGGGAGAGACGCUCCAACGACGUGGUGCUCCAAGGAGAUAUUGUAGAGGGUGUGACAAAACUUGUUAACUUGUUAGGAUGGUCUGAUUCAAUGGACAUAAUUAUAAACAGUGCCAAGCAAAACUGGAAAGAUCAUUUGUCUACCACGGACACCAAGGUUAGUAAAGCUUCUGAGGAGCUUGCUAAAAGUAUUGGAAAGACAUCAGACAGAAGAGAAAUGAUGGAAACAUCUUCACAAACUAGCAACGCCCAGCCAAAGAAUGGCGUUGAUGUACAGAGAAAGGAGAGUGGACUGUUUACAAGCACUCCUAAAAAUGGAGUCUCUAACGGAACGACAGGACCAAGUCCAUUUGGUACCAGAACGCUACACUCCCAAACUAAUAGUUUUACAGGCAAAGGAGUUCUUUACAGGACAAAUAAGAGUGUUCUCUUCAUGAAUGGGGAGGGGCCUAUGAGACCCUCUUCAUCUUCUCAAAGAGCCCCUCUUUUGCCGUUCCGAUACACUCAGAGAAAAGAAUCGAGUGGACAGGAUAAGAAAACGGACUUCAAGGUUAUUGAACCAGGAAAGGAUCUUGCAAGUGCAGGAUUUGGACUUGGAAGGCGAAGCGUGGGGCGAGUAAGCUGUUUUCUGGCCGGAACUGCGGAUGAAAGUUCUAGUGAUGAUGAUUCGGCAUAGUUCACAGUAAAACUCCUGCUGAUUUAUAGCAAGAGUUAAAAUGCAGCUGCUAAAUAACGCAGCGUAGUACAUGUAAGGAGCCGGUGAUGAUGACGUUGAACAUGUCAGAAACCGACUAUAGAGGAGAAGUUGUAGUGGGCCAAUCACGUUGGGUUAAAUAGUGGUACAUUAUGUUAAAGUCGAGUUGUUUCCGUACAGAUACAUAUAUCAAGUAUAUAUAUUUUUUUAACUUCUGUAAAAAUGGUUUAAGGGAAAAAGAAAAGAUAAAUUAUUCCGUGCUAUAUCAAGAGUUGUCGAUUGUUGUGACGCAGAUA